UCGACUGCAAUGGCUCCUCACCACGUACUCACUCUGAUGGUUGUCGGUUUCGGGCUGCUGACUCAAGUGCAAGGAGACCGAUGCCCCCUUGGGUUUGUCAGACAUAAAACAUCAUGCUACUGGUUCUCCACAUACAAGGGAUCCUUCCCGGAAGCUCGGUCCAUGUGCCGAUAUUUGAGGAGUGACCUUGCCAAGGUGACAAGUAAAGAUGAGGAUGACUUCCUCAGGCAUUUUGCGCUGGUUCGGGGAAAAGCCCCAAAUUACUUCCUGGGUGGCAGUGACUUCCGCCAGACCAGGAGGUGGUCGUGGAACGGGGAAGAACAGCAGAUGACCUACACCAACUGGGGACCACGAGAACCAAACAACCCUCUCACUCAACAUUGUAUUGUCCUCUCGAAAGCUUACAAUUACCAAUGGGGUGACUAUUUUUGCCACUAUGCAAAUAACUUUGUUUGUGAAUGUCCAGUUUUGCAAUAAAUCAUAUCUGACAUGACAA